AUUUAGGAGAUGUUCGGUUAUCACUUUUCUCAUAAUAUGCUGACUAUGUGAGGUCUAGACAUACAUUUUCUGAAAAUUUUAAAUCAUUUUAGCCUUUGUCGGGAGUUUGGGACCAUGGAGGCGUGUAUGAAGAAUCAUUUGCGAGAAAUUUGUGUCUUCCUGCUUUUAACAGCUUGCGUAGCAGGCUUGACAGGCAGAUGCAGUCUGUUUGGACGACAUCAUGUCCACACAUUUGAUGGAGUUUUAUAUGAAUUUCCUGGAGACUGCAGCUAUCUCCUGGCUGGGGACUGCAACCACCGCUCCUUCACACUGCUGGGUGACUUUUACAAUGGCAAAAGAACUGGAGUCACAUUGUUUCUGGGGGAUGCCUUUGAGUUGCACCUGUCUGUAGAUGGACUGCUCUCACAAGGAGAAAAAAGGCUGUCUCUGCCAUAUGCAUCUCAUGCUGUGUUUGUGGGCUCAGAGCUCGGUUUUUAUAAGCUGUGGAGUGAAGAGUUUGGUUUCACUGUUACCAUUGAUAGCACAGCUAACAUCGCCUUGACGCUGACCAAACACCAUGCCAACCGUACCUGCGGCCUUUGUGGCAACUUCAAUACUGUUUCGGCUGAUGAAUAUACAUCUCAGGAGGGAUUCCUGACAGAGGAUAGUUAUGAUUUCGCAAAUUCAUGGGCAGUGAAGGGAGCUGAUCAGGCAUGUCAGCGUGUCUCAAAUCCUUCCCAGUCUUGUAAUAGCACCAAAGGAACCGCAGCAAUUCUGUCCAGCUGCAGCGUGUUGCAGACCUCUAGUGUGUUUCUCCACUGUGCCCAUCUGGUCGCUCCUGAUGCAUUCCUGGCACUGUGUCAGGCAGAGGCCUGCCACUGUGACCAGAAGGAUGCAGAAGACUGUUACUGUCCAAUGCUGCUGGAGUACGCACGCACAUGCCAUGCUCAUGGGAUACUCCUGCAUGGCUGGCUGGAGGAGAGCCAGUGCUUCCCCAAGUGUCCAAUUGGGAUGCAGUACAGUGAAUGUACCAAGCCCUGUUCUACAACCUGCCAUAGCCUCAACAUACAAGAGGUCUGCAAGGAAGAGUGUGUAGAUGGUUGUACAUGCCCUGUUGGGAAGGUUUUGGAUGGUAAUCGUUGUGUGGAGGUGUCUCAGUGCUCCUGCACACAUAUGGGACGACAUUUCCCUCCAGGAUCUACGAUCUCACAGGACUGCAACACAUGUGUGUGCCGCCAUGGAUCCUGGGAAUGUACCAACGAAGGCUGCCCAGGUGAGUGCUUGGUUGUUGGCCAGUCCCACUUCAAGAGUUUUGACAACAAAUUUUUCACCUUCACUGGCCACUGUCAGUAUCUGCUGGCAAAGGACUGCACGCACAAUGACUUUUCCGUCAUAAUUGAGAAUGUACAGUGUGCAGAUGAUCAGGAUGCAGUGUGCACACGCUCAGUAACACUCAGUCUGCCCUCACUGGAGAACAUGACAGUGAAGCUUAAACAUGGAGGAGUUGUUUCUGUAAACAGCAUGGACAUCCAGACUCCAAUGCACCAUGGCCAUCUGCAUAUCCAGAGAUCUGUGCAGUCUUCCGUUCGUGUAAAGGUUGGCGAUGACCUUCGUCUGGACUGGGAUGGUCGAGGCCGUGUGCUUCUAAAGCUGGGACCACGAUGGGCGGGACAGACCUGUGGUCUCUGUGGGAAUUACGAUGGUAACCAAGGUGAUGAUUUCUUAUCUGGCUCUGGAUUGGUUGAAGCGAGUCCUCAGGCAUUUGGCCAGGCCUGGAGGAUCAAUGGAGAUUGUGAAUCCACUCAUAUACAUGAGAAUGACCCAUGUGCCCUUAAUCCCAAAAGAGUGCGUUUUGCAGAAGAGGCAUGUGCGAUGAUAUUGUCAGACGUGUUUAGCCCAUGCCACUUUCUGGUGAACCCGGGUCCGUUCCAGCGUUUCUGUCGUUACGAUGUGUGUGCGUGCGGGGACGGGAAGGAGUGCCUCUGCUCUGCUCUGGCUGCUUAUGCAGCUGCCUGCUCUGCGAGAGGAGUUCUGCUUAACUGGAGGUCUCCCUCACUGUGUGACCUUAAGUGCACCAGAGGCCAGGUCUACGAGGCCUGUGGGAGUGCCUGUGAUCGGACAUGCCGUGCUUUGUCUGGGGCUGAGGCUGGCUGUGAUGGGGAAAGGAUAUGUGAAGAGGGCUGUUUCUGUCCUGCUGGGAAAUACCUGAGCGUCUCUGGAGAGUGUGUGACAGCUGACCUGUGCUCCUGCCUGCAUGAUGGACAGCUCUACCAACCUAAUGACGUCUAUGCGGAUCAUAAUACUAUUUGCUCCUGUGAAAAUGGCUUCAUGCGUUGCAGUUCCACAGAAAUGACUUCAUAUCUGUCUGACCUCUUCUAUGAUGAUGACUUUGCACCAUCCAGAGAGCGCCGGGCAGCUCAGUGCCCUCCGCCGCUUGUUCGUGCAGAAUGUGAUGCAGGAGAAAAGGGCCUGGAGUGUGCCCGAACCUGCCAGAACCUGGAUCUGCCUUGUGUCAGUCUUGCCUGCAUCCCUGGCUGCCUCUGUCCACCAGGCACAGUACGUCACCGCAGAGACUGCAUUAAACCGGAGCACUGUCCCUGUUACCAUAACAACAAGCCAUAUGCAACAGGACAGACCAUCAGUGUUGACUGCAAUACUUGUGUGUGUAAGAACAGAAAGUGGCAAUGCACAGAGAAAGUCUGUGAUGGCGUGUGCCGCACUGUGGGGGAGGGGCAUUACAUCACUUUUGAUGGUCUCAAGUACUUGUUCCCUGGCCUUUGCCAGUAUGUCCUGGUUCAGGAUAUGUGUCAUGGAGAAGAGGGUACAUUCAGAGUGCUGGUGGAGAAUGAGGCCUGUGGAAUUGUGGGACAUCGCUGUGCAAAAGCUAUCACGAUCUUCUACAGGGGCGGGAUGAUUUUAAUGCAGCAUGGAGAGGUGAAGAUGAAGAGGCCAGUGCCACCAAGCUCGCAGGUGGAGAUUGUCCGAUCUGGUCAGUUUUACACCCUCCUGCUUGGAAAAUACAUCUCCCUGAGCUGGGACAAAGGAACUCGCCUCUUGGUUCACAUCUCUGCUGAAUACAGGGGUAGAGUGUGUGGCCUGUGCGGUAACUUUGAUGGGAAUGUCAACAAUGACUUGAUGAGCAGCAAUAACCAGCUGGAGGUGGAUGCCUCACACUUUGGGAAUUCUUGGAAAGUCAUCCCCAGCUGUGCUGAUGUAACACAGAGGCCUGCUCCUUGCAAUGACAACAUUUUGAAGUUGGUAACAGUCGAGCAGUCAUGUCGGGUGAUCACUGGUCCACUAUUCAGCGAAUGCAACAGCCAGGUGGAUGCAGAGCCUUAUGUAGAGAUGUGUGUGGAGGCAGCGUGUUCAUGCCUAUCAGUGGGCGACUGUGCGUGUUUCUGUGAUGUUAUUGCAGCCUAUGCACAGGCAUGCUCAGAGAGGGGUGUAUCUAUCAACUGGAGGUCCAAUGAUCUUUGUCCCAUGAGCUGUGAGGAGCUGAAUCCUAAGAUCCCUGGUGUGGGGGAGGAAAUAUGCCAGUGGAGAUAUAACACAUGUGGCCCUGCUUGUCCAGUCACCUGCCAGCACCCAGAUCCCCUCCACUGUUCACUAACAUGUGUGGAGGGCUGUCAUGCCAACUGCCCCCCAGGCCAACUUUUGGAUGAGGUGGCCAUGCGAUGUGUAGAUCCCUCUCAGUGUCAGGUGUGUAUCCAUGAGGGUCAGAGAAUCGCCCAUGGCAACAAGGUCAUCCUGAACCAUGAUGACCCCACCCACUGCAAGAUAUGUCACUGUGACAACAACUCCCUGAGCUGUGAAGAUUGUUCCUACCUCAACUUGUUUACUACUCCCACACCAACACCUGCUUAUGAUACCUUCACAACCCUGCCCUUCACUACCUUGAUGCCUGAGGGCACAUGCGAUCGUGCCAUGGAUCUGGCUUUCUUACUGGAUGGUUCAGAAGCCCUCAGUGAAGAUGAAUUUCAGGCAACCAAAGCGUUCAUACUGGGAGUAGUUGAAAGAUUCCGCAUGGGUUCAGCUCACACUCGAGCCACAGUGCUUCUUUACCACUCUGGAGUUAAAACAUAUGAUCUACAGGUUCAGAAGUGGCUCUUUAAGAAGACUGUGCGGGAGCUUCAUUACACAGGAGGAGAUGCAGCUUUCUUGGAUGAGGCUGUCAAGUAUCUAGCCAUCAACAUCUAUGACAAGAACAAACGUGACCAUGCUGGCCGCGUUGCAAUCAUUUUGAGUGCCAGUGCAAACCCUCGACCCAUCCGUUCCAUUGUGAAGAUGCUUCACAAAAAGGCCAUCACCACACUGACAGUUGCUUUAGGUCCAGAAGUAGAUAUGGGGCAGAUAAAUGAUAUCACAAAGGCCAACCCAGAUAACAGAGCAUAUGUGCUGAGCAGCACAGAUGAGCUUCCUGAUAACCUUCUGGAGCUAACAGAUUACCUCUGCACCUUGGGAAUGGAACCUGAGGGUGGAAAACCCCCAACACCAAAACCCACACAAGGUAAAGCUCGUAAGACCACAACCAGCACUUCCCCUGCUCCUCAUCUGGAAACAAACCCCACACAUCAGCUCCUCAACACCCCUGCAGCCACUGCACCAUCUGGUCUGUUUCCCAUCACCACACUGCCAUCUUCUCACCGUCCAACUACAGGUGUGACAUUCAUCCUGGAAGGCUCUGAUUCUGUUGGCGAGGUCAACUUCAACAAGUCGCUCAUCUUCCUUGAGGAAGUUAUUUCACAGCUGACUGAGGAGGAGGAGUUUAUUCACAUCACUGUGAUCCAGUAUUCAGUAACUGUCACUGUGGAAAUCAGUCGGUGGGAGCUGAGGCAGCAGAGAACACAACUGCUACAACGACUGCGGGAGAUUCGCUGGAGAGGGGGGAGUAAGACAAACACUGGAACAGCUGUCACUACAACUCUUCAAGAAAUGGCUACAAUCAAGCCUCCACCUGGUCCCACCCCACCACAGCUGGUCUUUCUUGUGACAGAAAAUCCUCCUACUGAUACAGUGACACGCCCACCAUCUACAAGCACCCAAACACAUGUGUACCCCAUUGGUGUCGGACCAAAGAUACAUGAAAUAGACUUGCUACCAUUCAGCUCUCCUCAGCGUCCACUAAUGGUGGAGGACUACAACCGUUUGAAGACCCUUGUCCACCGUGUAGUAAAUAUCACACACACCACAGUUCGGCCCCGCUCACCAACACUGCCACCCCUGGUUUUACCAACACACUCCAGCCUGCCACCCACAGUCCCUUGUAAAAAGCCUGUGGACGUGAUGUUCCUGGUGAAGGCUGGAGACCAGUUUGAGGACACGAAGACCUUUGUCAAAGCUUUCAUCAGGAAUUCUGACACAGGGCCGCAUGGCACUCAGGUGAGUGUGGUUCAGUACGGCGAGACCAACACAGCUGAGCUUUUGUGGAAGGAUCAGCAGAGCAAAUCAGACCUCUUGGAGAUGGUGGAGAGUAUUCCAAGCAAGGCGACUGCACCUUCUGCUCUAGGAUCUGCACUGCAAUUUGCUGUGCAAACAUCCAUCUCACCGGUCAGUGGUGGGAGAGUUGGAGUGGCCAAGGCUGUGGUCAUGCUGGUGACUGACAAAUCAACAGAUGAUAUCAAAGAGGCAGCUAAUGAGGCACUGGCAGCAGGCGUGUCAGUGUUCCCUAUAGGGAUUGGACGAAGCUAUGACAUGAGUGAGCUUAAUGUCCUGGGUCGCCAUGGCAACCAAGACAAUACUCUGCACUUGAACAGCAUGGAUCAGUUAUUGAUGCUGCUAACUCUGGACAACAGUUACGCAGAGAAAAUCUGCAGAGCUGGUCCACCAGGAGUGUGUGUUGAUGAUAAUGGAAAUGAGAGAAAACCUGGUGAAUCGUGGCUGCUGGAGGAUGGUUGCCACUCUCUCCUGUGCCACCCCAGUGGAGCAGUAACAGUACAGAAUCACAAAGUCAGCUGUGACAAACUGGAACCACCAGCAUGCAGAAACAACAUGCCUCCAAUCAAAGUCCAGGAGGCCUGUGGCUGCCACUGGGAAUGUCCUUGCAUGUGUAUGGGCAGCUCCACUAACCACGUGGUGAGGUUUGACAGCUUAGCUCUUAGGCUGGAAGAGGAGGGUUUGUGCUCCUAUACACUUCUCACUGUCAGCAAAGGCAUUACUGAAGGGUCAGAGGUCAAUCUCCAAACUGGACCUUGUCUAAAUGCAGCAAAAUACAACCAGAUCUGCAUGAAAGCCAUGGAGGUGACCCAUGGACCAUACAAGCUGCUACUGAAGGAUGACAUGACAGCAGUAAUUGAUCGAGAAGAGCUAUCAUUGCCGUGGCGUCACGCUGGCAUGGAGGUGGUGCGUUAUGGAGGGGUGAUGCUGCAGCUGAAGUCAGAUCUUGGUUAUGUCCUGAGUUUUACUCCACAGAGCAAUGAGUUUACCAUCACAUUACUCAGCUCUAACACUGGCAGUCACCCUACUGGACUAUGCGGUGGAUGUGGGGAGGAGAAGGUUAACAACCUGACUUUACGUAAUGGCAGCUCAACCACCAACCAGCCUGCUUUCAUCUCAGACUGGACUGUGGCUGCUGAGGGUGGUGUGUGCCUGCCAAAACGAAAGGCAGUGUGUUUGUCUGGAACAGCAAUGGGAUGCCAGGCCCUCCGCUCUGAGGUGUUUGAGCCAUGCCAUGCUUACAUUCCCGUUCAGGUUUUCCUCACCAAGUGUGAGGAACAGGCAUGUGAGGAGUCAGAUGUGUGUGAGCUUAUCUCUGCCUAUGCACGUCUCUGUAGACAAAGAGGUGUGUGUGUGAACUGGAGAAGCCCCCAUCUCUGUCCAUUACAGUGUCCAACUUCCAUGGAGUAUGAGGCCUGUCGGACAGGAUGCGUAGAGGACUGUGGUAGCAUACAGGCGUUGCCAGGCGACUGGUUGGUUGCUAAGAGUAAUGAGUCAUCUUGUAUGGACACGCCUACUGAAGGAUGUUUCUGUACUGGAGGGACAGUUUUGCAUCAUGGACAGUGUGUCUCACCAGAAACAUGCGGACAAUGUGUUGACAAUUAUGGACACACACACAUGUAUUUGCAGAGCUGGGUACCAGAUGACAACCCAUGUUUGAUUUGCAUGUGUUUGGACCAAGAACGCAUCAACUGCACUGCCAGGCCCUGCAAUGACAUUAAAGCUCCAGUGUGUGGGCCCUGUGAGAUCCUGAGAAAGAAGAGGGAAUCUAAGUGCUGCCCUGAGUAUGAGUGUGUGUGUGAUCUGGUGAACUGUGACCUGCCUGAUGUGCCCCGGUGUGAGGAUGGUCAAACUCUGGUCCUGAAAAACCCAGGAGAGUGUCAGCCUGUACAUGAGUGUGUGUGCAAAAAGGAGGCGUGUGCUCUUCAAGCUCAACCUGACUGCCCAGCUCAUCGCCAGUUGUCAGUCAAAAAAACAAAGUGCUGUGAUGUCUUUGAAUGCACAUGCAGCUGCCAUAACUCCACCCACACCUGCCCCACUGGGUUCAUCGCAUCCACUUUAACCGACAACUGUGGCUGCACAGAAACCAACUGCCAGCCCGACAAAGUCUGUGUGGUCGGUGGCAUGGUUUACGCAGUGGGGAGCGAGUGGGAGAAAGGGUGUGAGAAAUGCAUCUGCACUCAGUUACAAGACAAAGACACAUCACUCCACGUUGCCCAGUGUAAACCACCUGUCUGUGAUCAAACCUGCCCUCUGGGCUCAACAUACACUCAGACAGAAGAGGAGUGCUGUGGCAAGUGCACACCCACUAGCUGUGUGGAGUCCGAUGAAGAGAUGCGAGGAGACACUCUCAUUGGGGGAAAACUUAGACAUGUGGGUGAGGUAUGGCAGUCUCUAGAUGAAAAAUGUGUCUUAUAUCAGUGUGUAAAAGUGAAAGAUGGGGUGUUCAUCUCUACAACAAAUGUAAGCUGUCCUGUUAUGGAAACUCCAACCUGCCCGCUGGGAACCCAGCUCCGCUGCAGCACUCACGACUGCUGCCCCAGCUGCCAUUGCGCCCCCAUGGAUGCCUGUGUUUUCAAUCACACUGUGAUAGGAGCAGGGGAAAGGAUGAUGGUGGAUGUGUGUACACACUGUGAGUGUACAGUAGAGGGUGGUCUAGUGGCAAAAUACAAACUUUCCUGCAGGCGAACCACUUGUCCCACUUGCCCCAGGGGAUACACAGUACAAAAGGAGGAAGACAGCUGCUGUGGUCACUGCGUUGCUACUACUUGCUUUGUACAUAAACCAGAUGGAACAGUCUUCAGUGUGCAAGUCAACACAACUAGUGAGGACGGCUGUAACGUGUAUACUUGUAAUGUAAACAGUAGAGGAGAUCUUGUCCUGGAGACCAGAGUGACCACCUGCCCUCCUUUUAACCGCCAAGCCUGUCUUGACCAAGGGGGGAAAAUCAGCCAGAUUGGAACAACCUGCUGUGAGAUGUGUACGGAGCCAGAGUGUCGAAGGACAGUGGGAACACUUAACUACAUUAAAGUGGAUGACUGCCAGUCAGAGCAACAGAUAGAGCUGCACUAUUGUGAGGGCAAAUGUCGCAGUAAAUCCAUUUACUCCCUGCAGAGAGCUGCUGUUGAGCAGGAGUGUGUGUGUUGUGCCGCCGUGGAGACAGAGCCUCUCAGUGUUCCCAUCCUGUGUACCAACGGCACUCAUAGCCACCACACUGUCCUGUCUGUCACCGCAUGCGACUGUCUGUCCAAACACUGCACCUAGACAGACAAAGAUUGUAUAAAUUGUGAUGCUUUUUUGUGUAUCCCAGCUAAAUGUAUCCAACUACCAAUAAAACAAGCAUGCCAGUUUCUCUAA